AUGUCUUUGUUGCUUGCAAUGAGGAGUCCUCGAGUGGAUGGACAUGAAGAUAUGGAUGAUGUUGAUGAUUUGGCGAAUGAGUUCAGUUAUGGCCAAGGAAAGAAAGGUCUAGGCGCAGCAUGGAAUGUUGCUAAUGUGACAAAAGGAUCAACUAUGGUGAUAUUUGGUCUCGAAACUGUUGGCCUUUCUGUUGCACAAGGUGAAAAACUAAGGGGAGCAUCUCGAAUAAUUGGCAUGGAUAAGAAUCCACAGAAGUGUGAAAAAGCAAAAGCUUUUGGAUUUACAGAAGUUGUUGACCCGAGUUCCUACCAAGAACCUAUUGCUCAGGUUAUUAAGCGCAUUACUGAUGGCGGAGCAGAUUUUUCUUUCGAAUGUGUAGGCGACACUAACAUGAUAACCACUGUAUUGCAGUCCUGUUGUGAUGGAUGGGGUUUGACAGUAACACUUGGUGUGCCAAAGGUGAAGCCUGAGAUGUCAGCUCACUAUGGACUAUUCUUAAUGGGAAGAACACUCAAGGGAUCUCUAUUUAGAGGAUGGAAACCUAAAUCUGAUCUUUCUUUAUUAGUAGAGAAGUAUGUGAACAAGGAAAUUCAAAUUGAUGACUACAUAAAACACAAUUUGCCAUUUGAUGACAUUAACAAUGCUUUUGAUCUCAUAAAGGAAGGAAAGUGUCUGCAUUGUGUUAUUCACAUGCCAAGAUAA